CAGGCAUCGCAAUGGCUGGAUUGAUUGGAAACGCUGAACAUAUAUCUGAUGCGGCUAAUAACUCGGAAUCGUACCGAGUAUUAAGGGGCCGCGUGAGUGUUUUAAAGAUAGCUCCGGAUGCACGAUUUAUGCCGUACCUAGAGCUAGCCGGAUUUGGGUCAGUAGCAUUGAUCCGGUCGUCCGACUUGCGAUUUGAUUUAUUAUCCGCGCUAGUAGAGCGGUGGCGUCCGGAGACCCAUACUUUCCAUUUUCCGUGCGGGGAGUGCACGGUGACGUUAGAGGACGUUGCAGUGCAGCUUGGGCUCCCAGUUGGCGGGAGUCCCGUUACCGGACUAUCUUCAUUAACCGAUCCGGCUGCAGUUUGCUAUCAACUCCUAGGAGAGUCACCAUAUCACGGUGAUAAGUGAAGGUGAGUUGAUGUGCGCUGCUCGAGCGUACAUCAUGCAUAUGAUAGGGGCACUACUCAUGCCUGAUGGAAACGGCGACAGUGUCCAUUUGUCGUACUUGCCUCUGCUUGCUGAUUUGUCCACGGGUAGGUCGUACAGUUGAGGUUCGGCUGUUCUAGCAACAUUGUACAAUGAGCUUUGUCGGGCGGGAGACCCGCAAGUUAAAGACAUUGGCAGAUGCCUGAUACUGCUGCAGUUAUGGGCCCUUUAUCGGAUGCCAUUUUUGGCACGCGUUAGUCACCAACCCUAUCUAUAUCCACUGCCACUCAGGUGGACGACCCGUCCAGGAAUCGGAAAGUCGAGUGAUGUCCCGAUAUACCGCAUGAGGAUUGAACAGCAUGCUCGGGAAGGGUUUAUAUGGAUGCCGUAUCGGAGGCCGGAAAUUACAAAUGUUGUACCCCCGUCCGCACUCAUUGAUUCCCACACAUGGUGCACAAACACACCAAUUAUAAAUUUCAACAUCAUCGAGUGGUAUCACGGUGAUCGGGUGCUUCGGCAGUUCGGCUGCAUCCAACCUAUCCCGGAUCCGCCAUGCCAGUUGCGGGAAGAUCACGGCUUGACAAAGAGAGGAAGGGUUCAAUUGGACUGGGGAAUAUAUCACCGGAAAUACGUCGCACUGUGGUACGAUCGAAUGAGCCGAAUUCCUCAGAUGGUUAUGGCUACCGACCUGCAGCCAUCUCGAGAGUAUACAAAAUGGUACCAUAGUCGCGGGAAGCCGUAUUUACUUGGACUGCAAUCGACGAUAGUCCCCCCGUAUGCUCAGCAAGUUAGGGGAUCGGAAGCAGACAGCAUGAUGGAUCCGAUUCCGACGGCAUUUUGUCCUGCAGAACAGGCAGAGCCCGAACAAUCAGAACCAAAUGAGGAAUCACAUGGCUAUCAUCCGGAUUUUUUGGGCGGUGAACAUUAUCCGAGCUAUGCAGAGGGCGAAUAUGCGUUUGAUUUUGAACUGUUCAGCUCCCCCCGGCCGCAGUACGACAUGCCCGGCCCGUCUGAGACGUAUCCGUCGCACUAUGGGACUCAUGAUGGUUCAAGUUCAUCGGCGGUGAACGAGGGACAGGACAUUCCCUCUAUAUUUUCCACGCCCCCACCUGCGGACGAUGAGGAUGUUGGUCGUCACCCAGGCCGUCAGCGUCGACCUCCGCGUAGGUAUACCCCCCGGACAACACCAUCGAACCAUCAAAUGUAGGGGUUUAAUGCACUCAUUUUAUAACUCGUGUUAUUUGUAUUUUAGAUAUCUCGGAUGUUUUGAAUUUUAUCUAUAGAUAUCAAUUAUUCAAUUU